GCCGAGCGGGGCGCAACCCCAACACGCGAGGCCGGCCGAGGCCGGAACCGGAAGCCUCUCUCUCUCUCUCUGUCCUCCACCUCCUUUCCUCCUCCAGCAGCCGCAGGUCGCAAUCAUUGCCCUCCCCCGCCAGAAGCCCACCUCACCCCCCACCCCACACCGCAAGCGAAAAAGAAGGCUAGCAACUCCGCAGCAAAAGCAACCGCGAAAGCGAGCGCUGCGCUUCGGCCGGCGGGCGGGGAUGGCGCGCGGGCUGCGCGGCGUCCGGGACGACCUCUCGGAGCUGGGGCGCCACCUCCUCGACAUCGCCUGCUUCCUGCACCCGCUCCUCAACCCGGCCCACACCGACUCCCCGCCGGCAACCCCCACGGGGCCCCGCCGCGCCGCGCGCCGCUCCCCGUCGCCGCACCCCGCCGCGGCCCCGCCGUCCCCGUCGCUCCUCGCCGGCAUCCUCUCCGACCUCGCCGAGAUCGGCGGCUCCCUCCGCGGCGGCUUCUCCCGCGCCGCGACGGCCCCCGCGCCCCAGCCCGACCACCUCCCCGCCUCCGCCGCCGCCGAGUCCCUGCAGGGUUCGGCCUCCCCGCCGGCUUCCCCACCUCCACCUGCUACUGCUGCCGCCGCCGCCGCCUCGCAGGUACCCGAUGAUGUCGUGGGAGCAGCGCGCGCCCUCGCGGCGCGGCCCGAGGCGUGGAUCGACUUCCCCGUGCUUGCCCUCGACGAAAAUUCUAUAAUCUCUGAUAUUCAAAGAGAUCAUUUGGAAUCCAUUGAAAAGCUCGUUCCAGAUUUAGCAUCUCUUAGGACUAGGCUCUGUCCUUCUUACAUGGAUGAAGAUAUAUUCUGGAAGGUAUACUUUAGGCUGCUUGAGUCAAACAUAAAUGAGCAUAGUUCGGAGGAAGACAACCGAAGCGUGCCAAACUCUGCACGCCACGUCAAUGAGAUAGAGUCAGAUUCUCCGCCUCAUGUCUGUGAGAUAGAAAGUGUGAAAAGCAACCAAGAAGGCUAUCAAUCCUCAGAUGGCCAGGCUUUGCCCAAGACAAGAUCCGAGCGAAGCAUUGACCAAUGGGUAUUCGCAAAGUCAAAAUCUGAGGAAAGCAUGGAUCAGUGGUCCGAAAUACCUUCAGACGUAGAAUCUUUCAGAGAAGGUAAAAGAUACCUUAGCAGCGAGGAGCUGAGUGACGUUGAUAGUGCCAAUGUUGUCGUCAUGGACAAAUACAUGGACUCGCUCCUAUCCGAUAGGAGGAACCUACCGUACGCUAGCUCCUCGGUCCGCCGGGAUUCAGUCAGACGAAAACCUGCUUCGUCCACUGACUACAGCCACCGGCCUCCACAGCCAACUCCGCCUGCAUCACUGUCGAAGAAGGAAUCAUGGGACGUCAUCGAGGAUUCGGAGUUUGAUAUACUUGACAGUUAGUAGUGGAGAUCCUUGUGAUCUCUGGGCUGUUCGUCCUAUAUUUUCUUCCUUGUCAUCCUACACUCCGCCUGGUCUGUAAAUGUUAAGACGUUCAGGUGGUGUCAGUGAUCGUGGGAAAGGAUAAUUACCAAUAUAUCAUAAGUGUGUGCAUAUCUCCCUUUGUACUUCGAGUGCGUCCUCUCAGCUCGCAUGCUGUAAGCCUGUAACCUGAGAAAAUUGUGAUGAAUCUCAAAUCUUUCUGAAAUCAGUUAGUUUCAACUU